CCGGUGCUUGUGUGCUUAAGCAAUGAGAGCUAGGUGACGUGAGUCAUAGCACAUUCAGUGAGAAAGUCCGGCCGGGCGAUGAUGAAAAGCUCUCGGUGUUGCCGACGCUGCUCUGUGACUUCCGUUGCGAGCAUCUUUCUAUGCUGCUACGCGCUCCUCAGCGAACAUGUGUCCGCAUUCAACGUCAACGCGGGCUCCCCGACGACCCCAGGGCGAGUGCGCGGGCUACGUCCAUCGCUAGACCGAGGACUGGUCGACAGGAUCAACGGCAUCUCUUCACCAUCGCGAGUGCGGGAUCGAGUGGCGGUCGUGAUGAGCGCGGAAAGGCGGUCUUCAUGGUCGUGGAGCCAAGCCACGGCAACCGCAAUAGCGACGAUGCAGAUCGUCGCCACCGGAGCGCCUGCGAUGGCAUCCGUGGUUGAACCACGCUCUGCUAGACCCGGCCUGGUUACCAUUGUCGACGCGGAUUUGGAUUCCGCCGAGGGUGCGGGAGAGACUUCAGCGAGCGCGGCGAGCGAAGUACCGGCGGCGCCGGAACCAAGCGGGACUUUCGAAGAAUCGUGGAGCUUGAGUAACCAGUUUUAUUUUGACCGCACCCACAAGGGUAACGACUGGGACGCGGUGAAAUCGCGGCUGACGGCGGAUAUAUCGGCGGGUAGAAAGAGCGAGAAGGCGGCCACAAAGGAGAUGCUGGCGCUCCUCAAAGACAAGUACAGCAGGUUGAUCGGACCCGAGGUCUACGAUAUGCUGUCCAAGUAUGAUCUCAUCGGGGUCGGGGUGAUGCUCUCGCCGAACCCGGCAGGACAGCUUGUGGUCGCCUCCCCGCCCAAGGCAAACAGCCAGGCGGAGAAGCUGGGCGUGAAGAAGGGAGACCUGGUCUCCACCAUCAAUGGCUUGAACGUGGUGAACAUGGACUCCUUCGAGGUUACCGAUUACCUGGCCAAGUAUCAGGGCAAGACUGUCACGUUUGAGCUUCGGAGCCCGGAGGCGGGGUCGAAGACGAGGUCGGUGGAGCUGGACAGGACGUUCCCGUCGACGGAGAACCCGGUGGCCUACCGAGUCAAGAGCCAAGGAGAGCACAAGGUCGGCUACGCCCGCCUUCGCGACUUCAACUCUAUCGUGGCCAACUCCCUCAGGGACGCCCUAGUGGAGAUGAAGGCCGAGGGGGCGGACGAGUUCGUGCUAGACCUCAGGGGUAACGGCGGCGGGGCGUUCCAGAGCGCGCUCGGCGUGGCCGGUCUGUUCAUGGACGCUGAGCCAAUCACCUACGUGGUGGACGGUUCGGGCCAGCGAGCAGAAUUCAUGACGAAGAAGGACGGGGUGGUUACGGAAGAGCCCCUCGUGGUUUGGGUGGACGGCGGGUCGGCUAGCUCCAGCGAGGUGCUGGCGGGAGCCCUGCAGGACGACUGUCGUGCCGUUCUUCGAGGCGAGCGGACGUUCGGCAAGGGGCUCGUGCAGGCCGUGUACGGCUUGGCGGACGGGCAGGGAUUGAUCCUCACGGUCGCGCAGUACGAGACUCCGAGGGGCACCUACAUCCAUGGGAGAGGCCUCACACCGGACAUCCGCGGGGGGCUUCCCCCGAAGAUGAUGAGCACGACCUUCGACUUCGACCAAGAGCAGUUUGACUUGGCUCGCAAGAAGAUGAAGGCGUGCCCUCCCAUGGAAGCGAGCAGACUUGAACUCAAGGGAGCUGCGGGAGUCUCUUCGUCAUCCUUGUGAUUGUGCUCGAAUGGCGGCUCGCACACACUCUCGUGAUAGUUUUUUUUUUGUGGUGAAUGCGGUAGACCUCGUUUCCCCGUCCCUCGGUGUGUACGGACUCGGACUUGGAACGGCAUCCAGUCGACUCCACCCAACGUAAAUUCGUGUUGUGCCUGGUGUAGUCUCACGGGCAAUUUUUGAUAUUGAAGCGUGCGAAGCUGCGGUUUUCAUUGGUGUAUGAGCGGCAGGUUGGCAAAGUCACCGCACCAUUUUCUAGCCUAGCUGUUAGAAAUGGCAACAAUAUAAUACUUCAGUGAAGGUCCUCCGCGAGGGUACGCCUGGUUAGUCGUAUUCGAGACUGUUCGUUGUAAAUUAGGGAACCCCUGCUACUGUGUGGGGUGGGCGAUGAAACGUGAAAUGUCACGUGAAGCAGAGCCAACAAGACACCAGCACAGCGCGAUACAUGCACAGGCGAUGUCGGUAGGAGCGUGGCGCCACUGCUGGUGAUGUAGACAACGUAGUCUACACAGCAGCACGUGUGAGGUUCGUCGUCAGCGCAAUGUGUUUUGAGCCUGCUCUACUGUAGUACUACGUAAUUUGCAAGAAGUUGGGGCAGUCGGGUGGUCUGCGACGUCAUGCACACCGUGACUUCGUGUGGUGUCCUCUGGGUGCAGCCAGAGCACACACGCCUCACCAACCGUUCCAGGCCGCCUUCGCGUGAGCUCCUGCAGAACUCCGCCUUAUUUUUUUGCAGUAUCCGGCAAAUCUCUCCAUCUCCGAUGCACGCGCGGAGAGCGCUCACGUGCAAACACCUCACAGCAUAUCUGGUAUUUCUGUUGUGUAUGAAGAGAUUGGGGGAAUUUGCUAAUGUGUGGCUUUGGUGUGCAUGCAGGGGACAGAAAAAGAGCAUCAGAAAUACAAGCACAUGUUGGCACAUUUUUGCCGGCUCAGGGCCCAUAGGUAGGGCUAGGCGGGGACGUAUUAUAGAAAUUUUCGCGCGAAGCGCGAAAAAAAAUGAAGAGGCGCUUUCCCGGUC